UAAAAUUAAUUAUCUGGUCCGAAUAACGAAUCUCACAACAAUGGCGAAAAAGCAAGUGCCAGCAGCGAAAGCCAACAAGAAUUCCAAAACCCCGACCAAAAUCAAAAGCAAAGCUAAAAAAUCCGCCACCAUCAGCACCAAACGCAACCCCAAAAUCAGAAGCAGGAUCACCAAAACAGGCGAUGACGAUGCUUCCAGCGAGGAAACCGAAGUUCUCGCCGCGGUGCCUUCGUCGAGCGCGGAAUCUCAGAACGACGACGACGUUUUGGAGUCCAGCGAGGCCGAUGAGGUGGAACGAAUUGAAGAAAGAAGCUCGAGCGAUGAGGAUGUGAGCGAAGAAAGGAAGAAGGGUAAAAUGGAGAAUGUGAAAAAUAAAGGAAAAAAGACAAGUCGGAAACAUGAAGACGAAGCGGAGGAAGAUGAAAGAAGCUCGGAUGAUGAAAAUGAAGAACAAAAGAGGCCAAAAAUCAUCGGGACGAAAGGUAAAAUGGAGGAUGUGAAAAAUAAGGGGAAAAGGAAAAGUACAAAAGUAGAAGACGACGGCGGCGAAUCGGAGGCGGAGGAGAAGGGCGACAACGCGCUGUACACGUUUCCGAUGAAUCGCGUCAGCCGAAUCAUCAAGAGCGAAAAUCCGGAUGUCAAAAUCUCGCAGGAAGCCGUCUUCCUCAUUAAUAAAGCUUCGGAGAAAUUUCUUCAGUUGUUCACGAGGGAUGCUUAUGCUCAAGCAUUCAUUGAGAAUAAGAAUUAUACCGCGUACAACCAUUUGUGUAUGCACUUCUUCUUCUUCCUUGUAUUUACUUUAUUGGAUUAGUUUCAAAGCAAUGCAUGCACAUGAUUCUAAUUAUUGCACGUGCGUGUUUAUGCAUUAGUACAUGAGUCGAGGUUCAUUAAAUGAUAUUGUUUGCUGAUUGCUCCUUCCUUUAAUGCAGAAUUAUAGUGAUCGUGAAUUAAACUGUGGCUAAUUGUAUCUGAAAGAAACUA